AUGAGUGCGGUUUUGAGAGCGAGUCUCGUCUACUCACAGUCAAGUGAUACAUCUGCAAUUCUGAGCAUCUUUAACAAAAUGAGCAAAACACAUCCGCCAGAGUUGAAGAAAUAUAUGGAUAAGGAGAUGGACUUGAAGCUCAAUGGUAAUCGUCGUGUAUCAGGUGUUCUUAGAGGCUUCGAUCCUUUCAUGAACAUGGUUAUCGAGGACGCUAUUGAAUACCCAAAAAACGGUGAUCCUGUGUCUCUCGGAAUGGUAGUAAUUCGCGGCAAUUCGGUCGUAAUCAUGGAACCGAAAGAGAGGAUUUCCUGAAUUUUCAAACUUGAUCCUGACAAUUUGUUCUCAUUUUAUAUGUAUCAUAUGCUUAUCUAAUUCGUUGUUUGUUAUCCACGAAGG